AUGCAAUUCGGCUUGCUUUACGAAUGCCAACGCCCCUUCGAGGGAACUGAGAUUGACUGGAACGCCCUUUACAAGGAAACACUGGAGCAGUGCGAGUUGGCCGACCAGGUCGGGUUCGACAACCUCUGGUUUGUGGAACACCACUUCCUGACCGGAUUCUCCGGCUCCCCGGCCCAGGACGCCAUCUUCGGCGCACUGAGCCGCAUCACCAAGCAGAUCCGCAUCGGCUACGGCGUCUGCAUCCUGCCCUACCACCAUCCUGUCCGCGUCGCCGAGCGAGUGGCCCUGCUGGACCAGUUGACCGACGGCCGCAUUGAGUUUGGAACCGGUCGCUCCAAUGCCUACGAGCAGACCGGCCUGGGUAUCGACCCACGGGAAACUCGCAAUCUAUGGAACGAGUCCAUCAGCAUGCUGCCCAAGAUCUGGACCUCGGACGAGUAUGAGUAUGAGGGGGAGAACUGGAGCGUGCCCAAGCGUCGGGUGCUGCCCAAGCCCUUCCAGCAGCCGCACCCGCGGAUGUACCUGGCCUGCACAUCCGAAGACAGUUUCCGUCUGGCCGCCCAGAAGGGCAUCGGCGUGUUGUCCUCCGCCUCCUACGCCGUUGAAGUGCUCAAGGAGAAGGUGCAGAUCUACCGCGACGCGCUCAAGGAUUGCGAACCGGUCGGCGAGUUCAUCACCGAAUUCUGGGGCAACAAUGUCCACGGCUUCUGCGACGACGAUGACGAUUACGCCAAGGAACUGGCCGCCGACUCGAUGAAGACCUUCUUCGGACCCGACAAGCCGUACAUCGCCGGCCGCAUCGGCGCCUACGAGGAGCUGCUGGAAGCCUGGGGCGGCGUGCCCGAUCAUCUUUCCGCCGACUUCAGCCGUUGGCUUCGCCAGUCGGACGAAGAGCACCAGCAACUGGCCAACGACGUCGGCCUUUCCCUGGAUGCCGGCCCCGGCGCCGCGCGCGCGGCCAUCGCCCAGCUUGACGGCAAGACCCUUUCCGAUCGGGGCGUUAUCAUCGCCGGCAAUCCCGAGUCCUGCAUCAAGACCUGCCAGAUGUACGAGGACAUCGGCGUCGACCAGGUCAUGCUCAUCAUGCAGACCGAGACCAUCCCUCACGAGAAGGUGAUGAAGUCCAUCGAGAAGUUCGGUAAGGAAGUCAUCCCCGCUUUCCGGAAUGGCAACGGCGCCAAGUAA